AUGGAUUUGAGUUUAAUAAAUGAGUCUAACAUUGAUGAAAUAUACAACUCCAUUAUUUUGAAACCUGGGAGUGACAUUCUGCCUAGCGAUCAUCAUGAAGAUGAAUUUUGUACUCCAACACAUCACAACCAGUUUGAUGUUGUUGAGAACAACGAACUGACGGAAGCAACACCUAAUGGGACCAUCAAGUCUUAUACUCCUAUUGUACCUGUAGAUCUAAAACCAGUGUUGAACUCUGUUUGGGACAAUCCAGAAUCUGUCGUACAAAUGUAUGAAAAGUAUGCUGAACAAGCUGGUUUUGUUGUUCGUAAAUCAUCCGUUAAACAUAGGAAGGAUGGUUUCGUAUCAAAUCGGUACUACUUGUGCAAUAAAGAAGGCAAGCCUAAGAAAUACAAUUCUAUCGACACGAUCAUGAAUGAUUGUCCCGAAAGUAGUAGAAGUCGCCGGAAUUCUAGUUACUCAAUUACAGGUUGCGAAGCUCGUAUUAAGAUUAAAAAUAAGAAAGGCACAAAUUUUUGGUUGUUAUACGAAUUUGUGGAGAAGCACAACCAUCCAAUGAUCGACAAGAAUAACAAACAUUUGUCCAAACCAUGUAGGAAAUUGCUAUUUGAGGACCAGGUUUUUAUACAGAAUGUGUCGACAAAUAAUAUAGGUGCCACAAAGGCAUACAGGUUACGUGCAGCCAUAAAUGGUGGGUAUGAGAACGUACGGGGGACUGUAGUUGAUUAUAAGAACACCAAGUCAGCCAUCAAUCUUUUCGUCGGGAAUAGGGAUGCACAAAUGCUUGUCGACAAAUUUAGAAACAUGAGUGUUUGUUUGCCAAAGUUUUUGUUUGAUUACAAAUGUGAUAAAAGAGAGUUAGUGUGUGUUUUUUGGGCGGACGAAACAUCACAAUGCAAUUACAAAGAGUUUGGAGAUGUAAUUGCUUUUGAUGCAACGUACAAGAUGGUCUUUGUGCCGUUCACAGGUGUUGACAAUCACAACAAGUGUGUCACAUUCGGAGCUGGUCUUUUGAAAAACGAAGACAUAGCAUCGUAUUCCUGGCUUCUCAAGGCAUUUUUGAAGGCCCACACUCAUCAACCCAACCUUGUGCUAACUGAUCAGGACCCGUCCUUGAAAGCAGCAGUUGCUCAAGAGAUGCCUGAAUCUAAUCACCGCCUUUGUAUGUGGCAUAUAAUGAACAAGUUGCCUUGCAAGAUUGACGGGGACCAACUUAAAAACACUGAUUUACGUGAGCGGUUGCAUAAGCUUGUGUGGAAUGUUUUCCUUGAACCUGAAGAGUUUGAAAGUAGUUGGAAUGUGUUGAUAGAGGAAUUUGAAUUGGAAGACCAAAAAUGGUUAAAAGACAUGUAUGGAAUCCGAGACAUGUGGAUACCCGCUUUUUUCAAGCAUUUGCCAUUGUCGUGCCUUAUGAAAACAACAUCCAGAUCAGAGUCCUCAAAUGCCUUUUUCCGGUUGUUUACUCAUAAAAGCCACACGUUGGUCCAGUUUAUGUUGUGUUUUGAGACUGCUAUGGAGAAACAAAGACAUGCCCAACGUGUACUCAAUGAUCACACAGCUACAACUCGGCCUACGUUGGUAACUCCCUUACCUAUUGAGACGCAUGCAGCGGAAGUGUACACAAGGACCAUAUUUUUCAAGGUUCAGAAGGAAAUAAUAAGAGGUUUUUGGCCGUGCUCGUUUGAUAGUGUUUCUUCAGAUAAUGAUUCACAAACCUUUAUGGUGAAGCAUUCAAACAAAACAGGACAAUCUCAUCUUCAAUUUAUGGUUACCAUUAACUUUAAAGAAGAAACAAUUGAUUGCAAGUGCAACCUGUUUGGUCGAACAGGUUAUUUGUGUAGACACAUAUUUUGUGUUUUAAAAGCUAAGAACAUCAACAAAAUACCUGAACAAUACAUAACAAGACGUUGGAGAAGGGACAUAUUGCCCCACCACUUGUUAGAUAGUCGGCAUAGGUAUGGUUAUAAGAACACCGAAGAUGAGAAGAAAAGUAGUGAAGCACUUGCAAAGUUGGAACUAUGCCUCAGCAGAUUAAGGAAUGAUCCACAAGAAUUGUCUGAAUUUGUGCAAGUACUCAACAAGAUGACAGAAGAUAAGUUGUCGAAGCUUCCAAUACCAGAUCCAAGAAAGGAAAAAGAAGAGACGUACAAGAGAUUGCUUGGUGUAAUAGUUCCUGAAGAAGUAGAUGUUGAUCCACCAAGUGGUAUUAACAACAAAGGUUCAGGAACACAUAUUGGGAAGAGGUUGAAGCAUCCUCGUGAGGCGCCUGUUAACAAAAAAAGACGUGUUGUGCGACAAUGCCAAUGGUGUAAGCAAGUCCAAGAUGUGCAUGACCAACGCACAUGUCCAGAUAAACUUGCACAUCUACUUGCUGAAAAAGAGGCUGCAGCAAAGGCAAAAAAGGCAGCAAAGUCAACAAAAGAUGUGGCGCAUUCACCUGAUACAAGUGCCUAGCCAAUAUUUACUUCUUUUACAUUUUCUUUUCCUGUUAUGGGUAACCGUUACAUACAAUGAGAUGUAAUGUCUUUUCAAAUUUUAAAAGUUUAUUUGCUACUCGAAUUAUCAAUCUUGAGUAAACACAAAUUAAUAUUUUUUGUUAUUAGCUUUUUG